CGCUCCGCCCUCCUCUGCCUCUCAACCCUCUGGCGCCUGGAUACCUGAAGUUAUUAGGAGAAAUAAGGUAGCCGAAGGGACCACAUGGAAGUUGUGACAGCUCCCGGCGGCGCGCCCCUUUCUCGAGUGCCAGUUCCUGGGCUUGGGAAUCACCGCUGACACGUUGAAAGCAGGAGGUCCCCCUACCAGCCAGCCUGCCGGGAUGGGCCAUUGCUGCUGCAAGCCUUAUUACUGCCUUCAGUGCCUGGACAAGACGAAUGAAAGUGCCCUUGUGAAAGAAAAAGAACUGUCAAUCGAGCUUGCAAACAUCAGGGAUGAAGUUGCCUUCAACACAGCCAAAUGUGAGAAGCUGCAGAAGGAGAAGGAGGACCUGGAGCGGCGGUUCGAGGAGGAGCUGAGGAGGCUGGGCUGGCAGCAGCAGGCCGAGCUCCAGGAGCUGCAGGAGCGGCUGCAGGGGCAAUUCGAGAUGGAGAUGGCGCGCCUGCAGGAGGAGCACCACAGCCAGCUGCUGCGCAUCCGGUGCCAGCACCAGGAGCAGGUGGAAGAUAUCACCGCCAGCCAUGAGGCUGCUCUUCUGGAGAUGGAAAAUAACCACACGGUUGCCAUCGCGAUUCUGCAGGAUGACCAUGACCACAAAGUCCAAGAAUUGAUAUCUACCCAUGAACUUGAGAAAAAGGAAUUAGAAGAAAAUUUUGAAAAGCUGCGGCUGUCAUUACAGGACCAGGUGGACACACUGACCUUCCAGAGCCAGUCUCUGCGGGACCGAGCCCAUCGCUUCGAGGAGGCUUUGAGGAAAAACACCGAAGAGCAGCUGGAGAUUGCACUGGCCCCUUAUCAGCACUUGGAGGAAGACAUGAAGAGCCUGAAGCAGGUGUUAGAGAUGAAGAAUCAGCAAAUACACCAGCAGGAAAAGAAGAUUAUUGAGCUGGAAAAGCUGGCAGAAAAGAACAUUAUUCUGGAAGAAAAGAUCCAAGUCCUCCAACAACAGAAUGAAGACCUUAAAGCAAGGAUUGACCAGAACACAGUUGUCACCAGACAGCUGUCAGAGGAAAAUGCUAAUCUCCAGGAAUAUGUGGAGAAAGAGACCCAGGAGAAGAAGAGAUUGAGCCGAACCAAUGAAGAGCUGCUUUGGAAGCUUCAAACUGGGGACCCAACCAGCCCAAUUAAACUCUCCCCCACAUCCCCGGUUUACAGAGGCUCCUCAUCCGGGCCCUCCUCCCCAGCCAGGGUCAGCACCACGCCCAGAUGACGUCACCACGCGGCCUGCGGGAGCUCAGGCUUCUGUCCACCCCGGGGAGUGCUGACCAUGUGCUGGCCAAGUGCCGGCGGCCGCCAUGCGCGCAUGCUCAGUAGCUGCAUAAUGCAUCCUAGGCAGCAUCCUCUUCUGACCCCUGUGUAAGACUGUCGUGGUGUUGGCGCUUAGGAAGGUGUAAAUGGUAGAGUCUGGUGUGCAAAAACGUUUUACUAUAGUUAGAGCCAAAAGACAACUCCAAUUGUUCUUGAGUGAUGAACUUUCACUGCAGAAUUUCAGGUUAGUUUCAAAUAGCUCAAUUUUGAAUAUACAUUGAAUAAUCAUUGUGUACUGCACCGAUAUGUGUGUAUAUUUAGAUAUACGUAUAUACACAUGCAGCGGUUCUGAAUUGCAUUUUUUAUAACGUGAUUUGCUGACAUAUUUUAGUGAAGGUCAGCAGUUUUCUAACUUGUGCCUAAGAAUUAUUGGGAAAUGAAAAUGCAUUUCUAUCCAGCUUCCUAGGAAUAUUUCUACCCAAAAUAGAAAAAGGAAAAAAAAAAGAUACAGAGAAGAAGCGCCUUUUGAUCUACCACCAAGUGGUACUCUAACACAAACACCAGCGAUUUGUGAAUGAUAACUGCCUUUGGAACAAUUGGCUUCAUAGUCAACAUGACGUGAGGUCACUACUAUUCCAUCUGCAAGUUUUAGUUACAAAUCCUCCAGUCGUGAGUGGAUGAGGGAUAACAGUGGGAAGCCCUAAGGGGGUUGAAACGUUUUGCCAGUGUUACUCAUGACAGUGACUCAUCGAUACAGUCUUGUGACACAAGUUUUGCUUUUUUCCUAAGUGGCAUCUUGUAAUUGGUCAUAAGCUAUUAGUGCACCCUCAAAAAAAAAAAAAAAAAAA